CGUAUGUUUAGGGAUUUUUUCUAUCUAAAGAGACCUGCAGAUGUUUUGAUAUCUAAAUAGAGGCACACAGAACUUACAACUGGUGUGGACCCUACAUCGAUCUAGGCUUCUUACAGAAUACCCACAAACGACGACACCUGAGAUGGCAGGAUGAUAGAAGACAGAUAGUGUAUCUUAAGAGGAUUUUGCACUUUUUGAGUUCAUUUGCACAAACCAUGAAGCUACUGUUCAAACUUUCUUUGGCAGCAAUAGGUGUCGCUACCGUCUCUCUCAUUUUCCUGUCCACCAGAUAUCAACUCGCGAGAAGGACAGACCUGAAAAAUAACGAAAGCAGUUUUAAUGAAGGAAUAAACAGAAAUUCUCAAUAUUAUUCCACUACAGGCGUUCAAAAGGAGGAUUUGGUUUUAAGUGAACGCGGGCUGUACGAAUACAACAACAAACCUUUUAUUUGGAUAUACUGGGAGGGACAUCACCGCCCUGCCUAUGUUGAUCUCUGUCUGGAGACGCUUUCCUGUCACAAUUUUAGAGAUUUUAACGUGAAAGUCCUCAAUGACACAGAGUUUAUCAAAAGCGUAAAAACUGUGCACAAAGCUUACCAGUUUCUACGCAUUCACCACCGCUCAGAUUACUUCCGUGCUAAAAUACUCCACACGUUUGGAGGCGUCUACCUUGAUAUUGACACCAUAGGAAUGAAAAGUUAUAAAGAACUUGCGGCAAAACUCCCGGAUGCUGACGUCGUUGGCGCGAGCUCUCGAGGGAAUGUUGACAAUCUUCACGUAGGAGACUUGGGCCCAAUGAAAGCGGGGACAAAAUUGACGACAGAAUGGAUGGCAAGGAUAGAUUUAAUACUGGACUUACAGCUCAAGAACCUGCGACUUUAUUCUGAGGGAAAAUUAAAAGAAUAUCCCGUACAGUGGUCAGAGAUCGUUAAUGGAGCCAAGCCUAUUUUAGAACGCUUGGUAACUCAGAAAAAGAUCAAAUAUUCAAUGGUUGACGGACCCUCGACUUGGACGCAGUACGACGCGAACCAAAUGAUGGGCUCCGACGAAAAUAUAACUUCUAAACUUAAAGACACCGAAAUUCUUAGUUUAAACAAUGCAUUGUAUCCGCAGAAUUUCAAGGAAAUGGGAAGAGACGAAAUACUUAAAUCCAACAUAGGAAUCUCUCAACUGAUAAAAUAUUCUCUGGAGAAAUGCAAGCGAGGAUUUUCAUGAUAUUUAAAGUAAAGAAAAAAGCUAAAGAAACUUCUAGCCGUUUCUCCAAACAUGAUGAUUCCAUUUUACAUUUUUAUAUAAUUUAUACCCUUUGUCCCAUUCUUCGUGUUGCGUUCU